CUUCGAUUCCUCCAGCACAUCCUCAACACUCUCAUAGUAAACAACAAUCCAAACAACAUCAACAGCAACAGCAGCAGCAACCGCCGGCACCACAAUCUCAUCAAACGUCGCAUCAUUAUUCAUAUUAUGGAUUAGCGCCUGUUCAGCAACAAGUGCUUGCGAGGUUUAAUUAUCCUGUGCCUUAUGGGACAACAGGGCAUCAUGGACAGCCACCGCCCUCUCCUUCUGUGCCUUACCCACAUUCAGCACAUCCACUUUGUCCGCCUACGACCGCUACGAACACAAAUAAGAAGAAGAAUAGCGAGGAUAGAAGUAACAAUAAUGGACAACAUCUUCAACAUAGAAAUAAUACGCUAAACCCACAACAAUCACCUACUUCACCUGCUGCUAACGGUAUGACUGACGACAAUAACGUGAGUAAUGCCCACACCACCCUAAGGAAGCGUAACAGAGCUUCUUUCUCAUCCUCUUCGAACGAACAUGUAGAGCCUCAUCCACUUCAGCCUCAGCAGGAUAAGUUAUCACAUAAUAAAGUAAUGGAAGCUUUGAAAGCAAAGAUUCAACGAGGAAACAGUGGACCUAAUACUGGUGGUAAUAAUAAUGGCGCCUCGUCCUCCUCCAAUGUCCCUAAUGGCACUUCUGGUACUACUACUUUUACUACUUCAUCUGUACGGUCAACCACCCAAAAUCACCAUCAAGAAUCAAACUCCAGCAAUAAUAGCAGUAACAAAAGAAGAAAACCUACUCUGCCCAAACCCAGUGUAUUAGUAAAACAACAGCCAUUGGAACCAAAAGCGAAAUCCACGACCUCAACAACGCCCUCACCCCGUUCAGCAAAACCUAUCUUGCCGCCUAUUGAUACGAGUCUAGGGAGAACGGAUUGUGCUUCCACAAAGUUCCCGAACCAUCCUUUGUCUCAGCAUCAGAGCAGCGGAAGUUCCAGUAGCAGCCAUAGUACUGCAAUCAACUCCUUUAAUGAUACAACUAGUAGCCAUACUAUCACAAGGAACGUCAAAUUGGAGGAGCAGAGUGCCAGUAUGGAUAAUGAUAAACAAGCCGAUACUCGAAAUGAUACCGCUCAUCAUAAUAUAUAUGAUACACACAACACAUUGAAACUCAACACUACCGUCUCUUCGCCUAGUGACCAUAUCUUAUUGAAUACCCGCCGUGCACGCUCUUUAUCCCCUUCCCCUUCCACAACCUCUGCACAGAAAUAAAUAGGAGU